CCACAACUUAUGAGAGGAUUGUUCUUUAAGAAUUAUCCUCCGCGCUGAGUAGACUGCCUCUUCCACACUCCUGUUCGCUCACAGGCUCGCUGUUGCUUUGAUCUUCCCCUUAACAACAGUUAACGUCAUACUGCUCUGAAGGGAGUUUUGUCAAGCAGAGCAGCGAGGGACUUUUCAGAGGGCUCGCUCAGCGGUAACAGCUAGCAGCAUCCACGGAACUCUAUCCUUGCUAAAAGCACAUUGUCCAACUUAUUCAGCGCCGAAGUUCAGGCAACACCGCAUAAAACAUGGAGCACCAGCUGUUUUGCUGUGAAGUGGAUACCAUUAGAAGGGCUUACCAAGAUGCCAACUUGUUGAAUGACCGAGUUUUACAGACAUUGCUCAAAGCAGAGGAAAAUUACCUUCCAUCACCAAACUAUUUCAAGUGUGUUCAAAAAGAAAUUAUACCUAAAAUGAGGAAAAUCGUUGCUACAUGGAUGCUGGAGGUCUGUGAGGAACAGAAAUGCGAAGAGGAGGUUUUCCCCUUGGCUAUGAACUACUUGGACAGAUUUUUGUCAGUGGAACCGAUAAAGAAGACCAGGUUACAACUACUGGGUGCUACCUGCAUGUUUUUGGCCUCUAAAAUGAAGGAGACGGUUCCACUAACAGCCGAAAAGUUAUGCAUAUACACCGACAAUUCUAUCCGGCCAUGCGAACUAUUGCAAAUGGAACUACUGGCACUGAACAAACUGAAGUGGGAUCUAGCCUCUGUGACGCCACAUGAUUUCAUUGAACACUUCCUGGCCAAACUUCCAAUCCACACAAACACCAAGCAGAUAUUGCGCAAGCAUGCUCAGACAUUUGUGGCUCUCUGUGCAACAGAUGUCAACUUCAUUGCAAACCCUCCCUCAAUGAUUGCAGCAGGCAGUGUGGCUGCAGCAGUCCAGGGACUCUACCUGAAGAGUAGUGACAGCUUCCUUUCCUCACAGAACCUCACCAACUUCCUGUCACAAGUUAUCCGAAGUGACCCGGACUGUCUGCGGUCAUGUCAGGAACAGAUCGAGUCCUUGCUGGAGUCCAGUCUCCGACAGGCCCAACAGCACACGGUCUCCACGGAGACCAAAAGAAUCGAGGAGGACGUGGAUCUCUCGUGCACUCCCACAGACGUGAGGGACAUAAACAUUUGAGUGGGACCCCUCUUCAUCUCUAGAAAUUUCUUCAGUGGGGCAUGCGACUUGACAGCAGGCUUUUGUGGGGUAAGAGGACACAGGGGGAAACAAGCCGCAUCCCUGGCAACAACCUCGACCAAUCACAACCUGUCCCCACCCCCAGCAUGCUACCACAACAGACAUUGUGUGGCACCUGCAGUGGCCUCUAAUGGUAUGGCCUCUGUCCUCUAGGAUGACCGAUGGGAAAGGAGGAAGAGACAAACACCUUACUUUCCAGAUGUUGCUCAUCACACUUUCUUUCGGUCCCUCUCCACUUAUCUCGUUCAGAGCAUUACAAUUUGAGUCAACAACAACAACAACAAAGACACAAAAAUGGCAUAGAUAAAGAAAUGCAUAGUUAAAUGUGUGUGAAUAAGCCACAAACAUAGACUAAUGAUCAUCUAGGAUUUUUAAAUUACAUAAACUGCUAUGUAUGUAGUUUUGUCUUGUCUGACCUUAUCUCUGUGGAAGUGAUGGGGUGUUUUUAUUUCUAGUGUGCUCAAAACUAUUUUUGAAAGAGAAGAGGCAUUAUUUGUUUGAAUUCAUUCUGUGUUAGGUAGUCCAAUGUUACACUUGCCAACUGAAUUCCCCUGGCAUUUUUGCAGUCUAGGCGUGUGUAUGUAUUUCUGCUUGCUUAUGCCUUUAGUCACUUUAUUAUAUUGUCUAGACGUCUAAAAGAUCUUGCUAACAUGGCUCUCUUCUCUUUCAAAUGGUUUAUGUAACCAUAGUGUAUUUUGUUUUCCAUAUAUUACUCUGUGUUAUGAUUUAGAGCUCUGUGGAUUGGAUGAACUGAGGCUCGUACGUGAAGCUAGCUAACCAUACAUUGAACGUACACAAGAGCAGAUGAUCUAGUCAUUGCUUUUUUGUUCGUUUUCAAUGUUAUAAGCGUAUGUUCUGCCUCCAUGACCUGUGACACAAUAAGCUGAUGUCUUACACACCCCUUUGUUUGGCUCAUGGUAAAAUUACAGUCUUUUUGUGUGUGUUUAUUAUCAAAAAC